UUUGUUUUAAGCUUAUUUUCAAUAUUUUAUUUGUGGAUACAUAUUGCUUUUGUUUUUUCGUCAUAAGAAUAUAUUAUCAAGUGUUCAUUAUUGGCAUUCGUAAUAUUUCGUUAAAGAUAAUUAUAUCAAACCGAUUUACAAAAUUUUUAAACAAACUUUUGGUCUUAAUUCAUGCUGUUAGCAUGUUUGAAGAAUACUUGUGCAAGCAUAUUUAUAGUUUUGCUGAAUGAACGAUUUUUAUUGAAUACAACAAGACGUUUCUAUUUAAAGAAAGUGAAAUAAGCAAACACUAGAAACGAUUUCAAAAACGGUUACGAUAAUUCCUAUUAUCAAUUCCUAAACAUUGAUAAAGACUGCAAAUGAAAGUCGUAAUUGUCACUUUUAUAGAAGUCGUAAAUAAUAAUUUAAAAAGCGUUCAAUAUCAUCUACAUGAUAUGCGUCUACCAAUAAUCGUUUUGGCAUUAAUAUGUAUAAAUGCGUUGGGAAAGGUCGUAAAUGCUGUAGAUAAUGACUGUUCAAAGAAAUGGAUAUGUAACCAUGAAGACAAAUGUGUACGAAUAUUUAAAGAUCCGCAAAAUUUACACACAUACAGUUCGCAGAAUGCAUGCAGACUGUCUUGCGGUACAUUUGGUUCAUUAUGGCCGCAACCGACUGGUCAUGUUUUGCUUGGACAGACACUGUUUUCCUUGAAUCCAAAUCACUUGAAAUUUAACAUUUCCGGAACAUCAGUUGAUACAACAAAUUAUUUACAUGCCAUUAGUAACAUAUUUAUUUCAAAAGUGAUCAAAGAAUGUGGUAAUGGAUGCAAUGAGGCAAGAUCAGAAAAACAUGUUUCUGUACGAUUAUUGGUACGCUCAAAUGAAACUGAAAUCACAUGGAGUACUGAUGAAAGUUAUCGUCUCGAUGUAAUUACCUCUGGUGAUCAAGUAACUGUUAGGAUUAGUGGUAGCACCAUAUUUGGCGUUCGCCAUGGAUUAGAAACGCUAUCACAAUUGAUGACGGCAGAUAUUUGUGAGGGCUUGUUACUUGUAAAAUCGGUACGAAUUGAAGAUCGACCAAUUUACCGACAUCGUGGACUAUUGUUAGACACAUCACGAAAUUUUAUACCUGUAGCUGAUAUUAAGCGUACAAUCGAUGGAAUGGCUGCAUCAAAAUUGAACGUUUUUCAUUGGCACAUUACUGAUUCACAUAGUUUUCCGCUUGAAAUUCCUUCUAUUCCGCAAUUUACCAUCUAUGGAGCUUAUGGACCAAAUUUUACAUAUCCCCCGAAUGUUGUAAGAGAAAUUAUUACGUAUGCAAAAUUUCGUGGCAUUCGAAUUAUUAUCGAAAUUGAUACACCUUCACACGCUGGUAAUGGAUGGCAAUGGGGGGAAAGUCAUGGUUUGGGCAAAUUGGCUGUAUGUGUGAAUAAACAACCAUGGAGAAAUUAUUGCAUUCAACCUCCAUGUGGCCAAAUCCAGCCAACGAAUGCCUUUGUCUUUGGUAUAUUCCGUGAUAUAUAUCGUCACUUACAAACACUAAUAGAAACUGACGAGACAAUUCAUUUUGGCGGAGAUGAAGUUCAUUUUGGUUGUUGGAAUUCAUCCGAAGAAAUUGUAAAAUAUAUGCAUGAUCAUGAUUUAGGACGAGAUACCAACGAUUUUUUGCAAUUGUGGGCUGAAUUCCAUCAAGCAUUGUUACGUGUUUGGGAUGAAGAACGGGGACAAGAUGAGAACAGUAGGCGAGGUAUACCAGUGGCUCCGAAAAAAGUUAUCAUUUUUUCAAGUCAUUUAACCGAUCCAAAUCAUAUAGAAAACUAUUUACAAAAAGACAGAUACAUAAUUCAAACAUGGUUAGAAUCUUCAAACGAACAACCUCAAAAACUGUUAAAUCUUGGCUAUGAAUUGAUUAUGUCCACUAAAAAUGCAUGGUACUUUGAUCAUGGGUUUUGGGGGAAUACGGCCUAUUAUACCUGGAAAACAGCAUAUGAUAACCGUUUACCAAAACACAAUAAUGUUCUUGGUGGAGAAGCAUGCGUAUGGACUGAAUUAAUCGAUGAACAUAAUUUAGAUUCUCGAGUUUGGCCACGUCUAUCUGCUGUAGCUGAGCGCUUGUGGUCAAAUCCUGACACACCAGCAACAAAGUCAACCGAAAGAAUAUUUCAACAUAACACCAGACUCGAAUUAUUAGGAAUUUCACCAGAACCCAUUGCACCACAAUAUUGUAUCUUAAAUGAAGGCCAAUGCACAUGAGGAUAUUUGUCGUACCCGAAAUAUAGAAAAACCUAGGCUAGCUAGCAUCAAUUUCAAAUUCAAACAUUUCUAUGCCAAUUGAUAAGAUAUCCCGAAGCAAAUAUAGUGGUUUCCAUCGAAAAAUAAUGAUAAGUUGAAUGAAAAAAAAUUAAUCGAUGCGUCGACAAUUAUUAAUAGAAAUUUUUUGCACAAUUAAAAAAUACGUUUCCAUAAAA